AUGGAAAAUGAGUGGUCAAAACUUAAUGAUCUUAAGGUGGGUUUAGAUAUGGCUUCUUUAGCAUUGAGACCAAAUAUAAUUAAUAUGGCUGCUAUUUAUUUCAACAAUGGUUAUUAUGUGGUUAACUUUAUACUUUUGCUCCUGGGAUUUUUCAGUGGUUUUUCUCUUUAUAUUUUAUCUGAAUCUGCUGCUCAAUUAGAACGAUAUAACUAUGCCAGUCUUGUUGGUACUGCUUUUAGUUAUAAAUUUAUAUUAUUCUGUAUUUGUGUGUUAAAAAUAACUAGAAUCAUAUUUACGUCUAAUAACUUACUAGCAAUUUUAUCAAAUUAUGGUUUAAAUAAGAUUGUUAAUGAUAAGAUAUCAUUUUUAGUGAUGGUUUUUAUCUGUUAUCUUCUGUUUAGUUAUUACAGAAAAUAUUAUAAGUAUUUAGCUCUUAUUUCUGGUUGUACUGCUUUACUGUUUACUUUUACUGAAUCAGUUGGUUCUGAGUAUAAAUUUUUUAGAAAUGAAGAUGGUUAUAUUUUUAACGAUUUAGGUAUAUUAAUGUUAUGGCUGUCAUCUCAUCAUGCUGUAUUAUCACUAUAUAAGUUUGAUAUGAUGCAAAGAAGAGAUCGGGUUAUUUCAUCAUUUUUUAGUGCUUUAAUUGAUAUUUUAUUUUAUAUGGGAAUUGGUACUUUCGGUAUUGAAGCUUAUCCAGAAACUGAGUCAAUAUGGAUUAACAAUCUUGAAAAUCCUUAG